ACGCAGUCAAGAUGAACUGAAUCCAGCGUUGUGAUUGGCGUUAUCUUGCCCGCUCAGGAUUACCCGCUGUGUUUGAAAAGAAAAUAGUGUUGACUUCUGUUUAAGUAAAUUUGUUAUUGACUAAGCUUGUUCAGUCAAGAUGGCUGGAUAUUGGCCUCAUAUUUUUUUUCCUUUUUUGUUUUUGUUUUUUUUUGGCUCUUUUAUGGAUCUUGACUCUGUCUCAGUCAACCUUUUUAAACAUGGAAAUAUAGAACUUGGCCAAUAUCUAGCCAUCUUGACCAAACAAGCUUGGUCAAUAACCCACACAUGUAUGUAUAUAUUUUAUGAUGCUUGGAAAUGUUUAUCAAUAAUUCACUAUGUCUUUGAUUAACCUAAACCUGACAUAGGUAAUUUUUUAUGGGCUAUUGUGUUGAUCAAAAUGUGUUGUAAAAACAGGUUGUCAUCUCUGUCCCUAACAAGAAGCUUUUGUCAUCUGCAAUCUUAUCCCUUAAACCCCUUGAGCGCCCAGAAUGUGAAAAAACACCUCGGGCUCCUACUAGAUUCAUCGUGCACAAAACAUUUAUUUAUCCACCUGUAACGUACAUGUAGCAGAGCAUUUCUUUAGAAAAAUAUCCUUAUUCCAAUUUGCCUUGUCUUUCAGAUGUUUGUAAGAUUGUUUGUGGACGAAAACCUUGACAGGCUGGUUCCAAUCUCUAAACAACCCAAAGAGAAAAUCUUAGCCAUAAUUCAGUCGUGUAACAGACAAUUUCCAGAGUUCAGAGACAGAGCAAGGAAACGAAUAAGAACAUACCUGAAGUCAUGUCGACGGCUAAAGAAACUAAAGGAGCCUCUUAAACGUGCAGCAGAUCAAAUGAGCUCCAAUCCCAACAUGUCAGCAGCUCAGAUGGCUGAAGUGAAUAACAUAUUAGCAUCAGCUUGUGCUAAUGAAGCAGAGAAUGCACGACAUGUCGGAGCUGACAGUGAGAUUUCAGGAAGUACAGGUGCUCUGCCUUCUGCUACAUCAUCCCCGGCAUCAUCUCAUGUGCCGCAGAAUAACACCAACACAAGAAGUAUCGACAGGCCAACUGAAAAUGGCGGCCCUACACUUCCCAAACCAAAGGUGCUCACCCAGUGUCAGAUUAGCGCUACUGAGGUUCAAGCCAUACGACAGCUGAUAGCAGGAUACAGAGAAUCCGCAGCUUUCCUGUACCGCUCAGCAGAUGAGCUGGAGGCUUUACUGCCACCUCUGUAGAAUGGCACCAAAGUUUAAUUGGUGAAAAUUUAAUGAUACAGAAAUGAGAUUAAAAGGUAUUUAAUAAACUUUAUGUAGACUGAACAUUAAUUUAUGGUCAGAGAGAGGUAAAUUGAAAGAUAAUGCCAAGUCAUAUUUAUACAUUUUGUUUGUUUUUUUCAUUAAUGGCUUAUUUAGAUUAGGUCUUGUUAUUUGAAAGCCUAAAAUUGAAUUUGACUUUGAAUAAAUUGAAAGCUCAGUUCAUUGUAGAUUUGUACAAGGUCCUGAUAUUUUUUGUAUUUUAAUUUCUUGUUGGGACUUCAGUAAGCUUGGUAUUUUUUUGUGUUGACAAUUUUGUAGAAGUUUAUAAUGCAAGUCAUCAAUAAUAAGUUAAAUUAUUCAUUUUGUAUUUAUUUUAUGACCUUGCAAUCUAACACCAGUAGAAAAUUAAGGAUACAAUGAAACUUUACAACGUCUUUGUGGGCUGCGUCACCAUUGCUGACCAAUUUGUGAACAAUAGUUACAAUUAAGGUAUCUCCUUCCCUUUGCAGUAAAUCUAGUGAAACCAUCUGCUAUUGAACAACAUACAUUAAACACACUUAGCUAUUUUAAAUAACAGUUAGCCAUUUUGGAGAAAAAGAAUUUGUUAGGGUUGCCCUAUGCUAUCAUUUCAUGGCUCCAUGUGUGGAAGAAAACAGGUUCUUGAGUGUGUUUUCAUAAGUAUGACUGUGAGCCUGCUUAUGAACUUGCCUUUGCCUUGCAUUAGAAAGAAAAACCAGCAAAAACUUGUGGUGAAAGCAAAUAAAUGUCAAGUAAAAAAAGAGAUAAUAAUGACUGAAAGAUUACUAAAUUUAGCAAGAAUGGCAAUUUAGAUUCCGUGGCAUUUUGCCACGAAACCAAAUUGAAUGAAAGGACUGCAAUCUACUUCCAUCCUUGUAAUUCUGUUCUUCUACCCCAAAAUACUGGUUCUGUUUUGCUCUGUAGGAUUCUUUAUCCAGUUAGUAGGUAUGUUUGGUGACAUUUGGUUAUUUAACAUGGCAAAGGGAAAGAAAACUUUCGAUAACUGUCCUUUUCGACACUGGCCCUCGUAAAAAAAGUUUUGCCUCAUCACCAUGCUUUAUUUUGAUUUUUUUCUGUCAUGUCAGGCAAGCCUAUACGAUCCCUUUUGAUACAAGCUGUUGACCACUCAGGAGUUUCAUAGUUUGCAAAAUGACAAGGGGCCCUUAGAAUGAAUUGUUACAAUGAUGAUAAUUAAUUUAUUAUUAGUGGACUUGGAAUCUUGUACCGGCAGUCAACUUCAUGGCUAGCGGGGAUGCAUUAAGUAGGGAUGCAUUUAGGGUGUUGUUUUUGCCCGGUUUGGAGAGUUCUUAUUCACGCAAGCUCAAACCUCACACUUUAUAUGUCUAAUCUGUCUUUUAAUGCUGCAUUGAGCCAUUCAUCAUUUGUUGUGUACCCUGGCCUUUUCUGAUUUCUUAAGCUAGCUACUUUUGGCUAGGCUAAGUGCUUGAAGACACUAGGUUUACAUAUUUGUUGUUCUGCCAUGUGAUAUUUCUUGAAAGUUGUUACAUAUUUGAAACUGCAUAACUCUAUUCAAAUACAUCAGGUCACGCACACUUUAUAACUUUUUCUACAAGCAUUUUAAGGUUAACGACUGACUCAAAACUAGAAAAAAAUCUAUCGAUUUAUUAUGUACACAUCAUAGUGUUUCCUGAAAAAGAUUAUUCCAGAUCCUGUUCUCACUAGUUUUAGAAAUGGGGAGCAAAAUGGCUGUUGGUUGUUGCCACCCAUUAAUACUGCGCUGCACUCAAUUAAAAAUCCUCUUUUCUGUGCUUGCCAUGCUUGAUGACAUUUUGGAGUUUCCAAUUGCGUGACUGCAUUCUGUCACACAAUGUGUAACACAACACACAACAUUGUGGACUAUGGAAUUGAUGGUGGAAGUGGUAGAGAAGUUACAAAACACCCUUUCUUUUCACUCCCAAGAUUCAAACUUCCAGUCUUUUUUGUUUGUAGUUUUAAGUUUGGAUGAAAUCCUAUUGUGUGACCAUUUUAAUGAAAGCUAUUUAUUUUUCAAUAUUUUGCAAAAUUAAAUUUUGCAUUUGUUGUUGUUGUUGUUUUUAAUUUGAAUGUUGUAUUCUUGGGUGUUGAAAGCUUAACAGUAAUGCUGUUACACUUUUCGUCCCAUGGUGAGAAAGUUUUUUCAACAAUAUAGGACAAGGUAGAAAUACAGUAUGCUAUAAUGUAUUCUCAUUUGAUAUAUUUUCGAGGACCAGAUAUUUUUGUAGAGUGCAUCUAACCUUUCUAGUACCCGUAUCAGUAAAUAAAAAGUUGUAAAAUCAUUUUCGUACAAAUAGUAAAAUUCUGUGUGGGAGAGUAAGGUGAGAUACUUUUCAUGAUGUGAUCAUUCAAUGUGUGACAAUAAGUGAGCACUUAUCACUGAAAUCGUCCAUCUGGGACAAACAAACAGCCCAUGAAAGUUUUUUGUAAAUUUCUGUUCACAUGGCAUUCUUAGGGGGAGACAGUUACCUUUUCUUUACUAUAAAAGUCUAUAAAGUGAUCUAAACUAGUACACAAUGAAUAAAAGUUCGGCUACUCAGAGUCCUUUGAGCUUCAAUUUUCAGUCAAAUUUGUCUGAAAAUUUAUACAUUCUCCAAACCUAGGAAGAGUAUUUCUAAUUCAUUGAAGGUUAAAAGUACCUUAAUUGUUUAAUAACCAAUUUAAAGAGAGUCAGGAUAUGUUUUUAUCAAGAUGUGUGAUAGUUGUAUAAAAAUUCUUAAGUUAUUCUUUGUUAAAUUAUCCUUGAAAUCUUGUUAUGUAGAGUUAAGAAGUCAAUAAAAUUUUUGACAAAUACUUUCAGUGA